AUGGCAGAAAAGUCAGAUGUGUUCAAGACUGAGGCAGAGAUGCUGUACGAUGUGAUGCCACAACUCUAUGAGCAGUUGGCAGCACUGGAAGGUGACGAGUUCCGGCCGUUGGCAGCCAAGUGCUACCAAUGGGGGCGGCAGCCCGCGACUUUCCUUGUGAUGGAGGACCUGUCAAUGGCUGGCUUCAGGCUGGCUCAGGCUGGCCAACCACUAGACUUCAAACACUGUGCAGUCGCGCUACGGGCAUACGCUCGGCUGCACGCCGCUUCAGUCUAUCUGCUCAGCAAACAGCCCCACUACAAGGACAACUUUUGUAAGCACAUAUUCACAGAGAAAAACUUUCGGCUGCUAAUGGCAUCUACAUGUACACAGUUCUUCAAAGCACUAGCGAAUGAGUUAGACAAAUGUCCUGGCUAUGAAGAAUAUUCAGAAAGAUACAGGACAUUGGCUGAAUGCUUUCUUGAUGUUUCAUAUGAAAGGAUGGAACAGAUCAAGACGCGAACAAAGCUUCCGGUAUUGACUCAUGGUGAUUGCUGGAAGAACAACAUGAUGUUUAAAUAUAUGAAUGGAGAAGUUUCAGAAGUCCGGCUACUUGAUUUUCAGUGUUCAUCAGUAACCAGCCCGGCCUCGGAUCUGCUGUACUUCCUGUACUCGAGCGCCAGCGAAGACGUCCAUCGGCACCACGUGGAGGACCUGCUGCGCGAGUACCACAGCACGCUGGUGGGCCUGCUGCGGCGUCUGGGCAUGGAACAGCAGGCAGAGGCCUACACCUUCGAGGAGCUGAAGAAGGACAUGGAUUACUGCUUAGUCAUCGGUGUUUACUUCAGUAUCAUGAGCGGAUUUGUCCUCACCUCCGAGGAACACGGCGCAGAGUAUGCAAAAGCGGUCAAUGAUCCAGAGAAGUUUGAUAUGGAUCUGAGGCAAAUUAACAACAUGGAAUUAUCAACUGAUACGCCAGUUCCGCCACCUUCAUGGAUAAAUCACGAUUUCAUAGAAUCUGUUUUGAAGGAAGCAGAACGAAAGAAAAUUACCGUUGACUCGAUGAAUGUCGAGUACGCAAAUGCUGAAGGACUUGGCUAUGGAAGUCUCAUGUUCAGACUCACUGUGUUCCUGAGCUAUGAAGGCAAUGAGAAGAUUCAGAAGAAAACCCUGAUAGUGAAAACAGUUCUUGAGUCUGAAUUACAGUGUUCAUCAGUAACCAGCCCGGCCUCGGACCUGCUGUACUUCUUGUACUCGAGCGCCAGCGAAGACGUCCACCGCCACCACAUGGAGGACCUGCUGCGCGAGUACCACAGCAGGCUGGUGGGCCUGCUGCGGGGUCUAGGAGUGGAACAGCAGGCCGAGGCCUACAACUUCGAGGAGCUGAAGAAGGACAUGGAUCACUGCUUAGUCAUCGGCGUUUUCUUUAGUGCCAUAAGUGGAAUCAUCCUCACUUCCGAGGAACACGGUGCGGACUACGCACUGAAUGGUGACUUUGGAGACUCUAAAGUAAACAGGACAGAUGUUAUAUCAACCCCUAGGUGA